AUGGUGCUCACCGUAGGCGGAGGAGCAUCAUCAGCUUUACCUUCGUUCUUUGAAGAACUAGGGUUUCUGGAAAAAGAGGUCAUUUUUUAUCAGAAGGAAGUUGAGCUUCGCGAUCGCGGGAGCACAGACGCGAUCGCGAUGAGUAUUUUGUCACUUGGGUUUGUUGUUUAUCUGAGUUUGCGAGGUAGACAUUGCGUUCGCGGACAAGGAAAUCUGGGUGGGAGAGACUUGUACGGCGCGUUUGCGAAUAUGUGGAUCAGAAUUGUUGUUGAGUUCAGCCGUGCGGUUAAUCCUGUGCAACUUCGAGCACAUCACAUGAAAACAUUGAGCCCAAAAUCUGCCCACCCAAUUUUCAAACUCAUACAACAAUGCAUAAACAUAGCCACCCUCAAGCAAGUGCAUGCUCAAAUGAUCACAACUGGGCUUAUUCUCCACACUUACCCUCUCAGUCGCAUACUCAUUUCGUCCUCCACCCUAGCCGCCACCAACUCCUAUGCGCUAAGCAUUUUCAACCAAGUAAGCAAUCCAACUAUUUUCCUUUUCAACACCCUCAUCUCAUCAUCCCUUGCUAGGAAAGAUGAUCAAGUUCACUUUUCCUUAGCUCUUUACUCUCGUAUUCUCAUUCAAACCACUCUCAAGCCCAAUAAUUACACCUACCCGUCUCUUUUUAAGGCUUGUAGUUCUCAACCAUGGCUUCAACAUGGCCGUGCCUUGCACACCCAUGUCUUGAAAUUCCUCGAACCACCUUAUGAUCGUUUUGUUCAAGCCUCGCUGCUUAAUUUCUACUCCAGGAGUGGUGAAUUGGGGGUUUCAAGAUUCCUCUUUGAUCAAAUCACAAGACCGGAUUUAGCUUCUUGGAACUCCAUACUUACAGCUUAUGCCCAUAAUACUUCUGUUCAAUAUGAAGGCAGUUUUAGUAAUGCUUAUGAUAGCACUAAUUUGUCAUUGGAAGUUUUGAUUUUGUUUAAUCAAAUGCAGAAAUCUUUGACUAGUCCUAAUGAGGUUAGUUUGGUGGCGUUAAUUAGUGCUUGUGCUGAUUUGGGUGCGCUUAGUCCGGGGAUAUGGGCUCAUUCUUUUGUGCUUAGGAAUGGCCUCAAGCUCAACCGCUUCGUUGGCACAGCUUUAAUCGCCAUGUAUGCAAAUUGUGGCUGUCUUGAUAUUGCUCGACAGUUGUUCGAUCAAUUGCUCGAAAGAGACACAUAUUGUUAUAAUGCCAUGAUUAGAGGACUUGCAGUGCACGGCCUUGGGCUGGAGGCUCUUGACCUUUUCGAGAAAAUGGAAUUAGAAGGUUUGGUUCCUGAUGAUGUAACUAUGCUAGUUAUAAUAUGUGCUUGCUCUCAUGUGGGGUUGGUUGAUCAAGGCUGCGAAUUUUUUGAGUCAAUGAAGGAGGAUUAUGGAAUUGAGCCUAAGCUUGAGCACUAUGGGACCUUAGUGGAUCUUUUGGGUCGAGCAGGCCGGGUGAAGGAGGCUGAGGAAAUAGUUCAGACCAUUCCUAUGAAGCCAAAUGCAGUUCUUUGGAGGUCUUUACUAGGAGCUGCUCGUGUUCAUGGUAACUUAGAGGUAGGUAAAUCAGCAUUGAAACAGUUGAUACAGCUAGAGCCAGAGACUAGCGGGAAUUAUGUGUUGUUAUCGAAUAUGUACGCUAGCUUGAACAGGUGGGAUGAUGCGAAAAAUGUAAGGAAGUUGAUGAAACAACAUGGGAUCGACAAAGCUCCUGGUAGUAGCAUUGUCGAUAUUGGUGGUGCUAUGCACGAGUUCCUUAUUGGCGAUAAGACUCAUCCACACGCUAAAUGGAUAUAUCUGAAGCUGGACGAAAUGAAUAGAAGGCUGCAAGAACACGGUCAUAAGUCAGGAACAAGAGAAGUGUUGUUUGACAUUGAAGAGGAAGAGAAGGAAGAUGCACUUUCAUACCAUAGUGAAAGGUUAGCCAUUGCUUAUGCUCUUAUUGCAUCUGAUUCUGGUUCCCCUAUUAGAAUUAUAAAGAACCUAAGGGUUUGCAGUGACUGCCAUGCAGCUACUAAGCUUAUUUCAAGGAUUUAUGAGAGGGAAAUUAUAGUAAGAGAUAGAUCUAGGUUUCAUCACUUCAGAAAUGAGGCUUGUUCUUGUAUGGAUUACUGGUAG